GUAUUCUGUAUCCACUAGACAGCAUGGCAGAGAGCGCAGGAUCUGAUAGACGUGGUCGCGGGCGCGGAGGCCGUCGUGGACGCGGAAGAAGAGACAGAGGUAUGCUUCGGGCCCAGGAAAGUGAUAACUGGGUUCCGUGUACGAAGCUGGGUCGAUUGGUCAAAGACGGCAAAAUCAAAGAAUUAGAAGAGAUUUUCUUCCAUUCUCUGUGCGUGAAGGAAUACCAGAUUAUCGACUAUUUCAUUCCGCCUAGUCGACUAAAGGAGGAUGUGAUGAAGAUCAUGCCAGUACAGAAGCAGACCCGGGCCGGGCAAAGGACUCGGUUCAAGGCAUUCAUGGUCGUGGGAGACAACAAUGGCCACAUUGGAUUGGGUGUCAAAUGUGCCAAAGAGGUAGCGACUGCUAUCAGAGGAGCUAUCGUCGCGGCGAAACUAGCGGUUGUGCCUGUUCGGCGUGGCUAUUGGGGAAAUAAAAUCGGAGCACCGCACACCGUUCCAAAUAAGAUCAGCGGGAAAUGUGGCUCUGUCACUCUGAGACUCAUCCCGGCACCACGUGGUACAAGCAUUAUCGCUGCGCGUGUGCCUAAAAAAAUCUUGUCUUUCGCUGGGGUCGAAGACGUGUUUACCAUGUCUUUUGGCAGCACUAAAACACUUGGGAAUUUUGCCAAAGCCACGUUCAUUGCUCUCAAAAAAACUUAUAGCUAUAUCACUCCAGACCUCUGGGAUGAUUUUGAACUUACAAAAUCGCCUUUUCAAAUUUACUCUGAUUUUUUGGCAGCUGGAAAAAAGCAUGUCUAAAAUAAAUAACGUUCUUUUUUACCCCUGAAUAAAAUAUACGGUUUCGUAAUGACAAUUA